UUUUUCGAAAUAAUAUCUGGACUAUGCUGCUGGCGACGACAUCACCGAUGGUUGCGAGAACCGAACAGCAAAUCUCAAAGAACUCCCAACAACUCUCUCUCUCUCUCUUUCUCUCUCGACUGAUUGGCCGUGAUUGCAUGCCAUUGCCAUGACGACUUCGAAGCUCUUGCUUUUGUCAAUCUUCCUAUCUCUAGUUCUUGCGCAUGUUAGGGCAAGUGUUCCGGUCGAUGAAGAUGAGGCAGUUAAAGUCGCCGGAUCUGACGGUUCUGAUUAUUCGUCCGCUCUGAAGAUCGAACUGAAACAACUUAAGUUCAAGAUCCAAGAACUUGAGUCCCAUGUUGAUAAGAAAUCCAAAGAACUGAAAGCAAAGUCAGAUAGCAUAGGGGAGAAGGAAAAGAUCAUCCAAGAGAAGUCAGAUACCAUUGCUUCCUUGCAGAGUGAGAUCGCAUCCCUCCAGAAAAAAGGGACUUUAGAUGCUGCGGAGUUGGUUCGUAAGGCUCAUGCGCGCAUUGAUGAAUUAGAGAAGCAGGCUGACAAACGUAAAAGUAAACUAGAAACUCAAAACAAGGAGAAGAAGGCUUUGGAAGCCCGGGUAGAUGAAGCUGAAAGGAAAGUACACGAUUUGAGUUUGGAACUAGAGACUCUCCAAAAGAUUAAUGAUGAACAGAAGACCAGAAUUCAUAAAAUUGAACGGGCUCUUAAAGUUGCUGAGGAAGAAAUGAUCAAGGCAAAGUCUGAGGCCACUUCAAAAACUAAAAAGUUAAAGGAGGUUCAUGGUGCGUGGUUUCCACCUUGGCUUGCUGUGCAUUUAAUCCAUUGUCAGUCCUUCAUGGAGACACAUUGGAAUGAGCGUGGCAAACCAGUUAUGGAUAUGGUAAUUGAGAAGGCCCUAGAGAAAAAAGCACAAGCUGAAAAGUGGGCUGCACCUCAUAUGGAAAUAAUUAAAACUAAAUGGAUCUCAACUAUAAAGGAACAGUGGGUAGUACUAAAAACGAACACUGAACCACGUGUCCAGACACUCAGGAAAAAAACCAUUGAAGUUUAUGAGGCAUCAAAGACCAAAGUAACUCCACAUCUUGUCCAAGUGCAAAAAUUUAUUGAUCCUUACUUUCAGGAUGCGAAGAAGUUCAGCAAACCUUAUAUUGAUCAAAUUGCGGAUGUGGCAAAACCUCACGUUGAAAAAGUACGAGUGGCGAUAAAGCCCUAUACAAAGGAAGUAGUUUAUGCCUAUGGGGAGUUUCUGAAAUCCGCAACUACCUACCACCAUCAGAUGCAAGCAACUGUGCAAGAGAUGCUGAAAAGGCAUGAACUGACAAGACCUCUUGCUACUAAAGAGUUGGAGUGGUUUGCGGCUUCUGCUUUGUUGGCCGUACCCAUCAUCAUACUCUUCAGAAUUGCUUCCACCAUUUUCUACAAAAAGGUGAAGAAACCUACUCGAAAUGCUCACACCAACCAUGCACGUCGUAAGGCUAAACGGGUCCAUCCAGACAAGUAGAGUACGGCAUGUUCAGCCACUGGUUUUUAUAUUCAGGGCAGGGGACUAUUUAAGAUGGAGGUGCACUCUUGGCAUGGGCUUUCUAGCUAUUUACUUGUCAGUGACCUCUGAUGUUUUGGAAGAUCUCUCCAUUUGUUCGUACUUGGUUUGCUCGUUUUGGUUUUUUUGUGAAGAAAAAUUUUAGAAACUUCAUCACACGAUAGUUUGACAGGUAGUUCAGGUAUCAUGGGCAGUGUUGUUGAUGUUGACAGAGGGGUAGUCUUUUUUUUUUUUUUUUUUUUUUGGGGUUCACGAGAUAUAUUGUCCGUCAGAAUUAUAUUUUCUGUGCCUGAUUAACGACGACAAUUCUCCAUCUUAAUAUAUAUACUUAUUUAUGUACUCUU